UGGAACUUAUUUACAUUUCCACGAGAUCGAAAGGAUUCUACAUCUUCUCUUCUACUUUCUCCGAUUUACAGUCUCCAACGCUUCUCUGCUGUCCGGCCGAAACCCUAAACACAGUUCCAUUUUGUAUGCUCGGGCGCAGUUCCGCAUCUUCUCCGUCGGUUUUCCGCCAUGGGGGCGAGCCGGAAGCUUCAGGGUGAGAUCGAUCGGGUGUUGAAGAAGGUCCAGGAGGGUGUCGACGUCUUCGACAGCAUCUGGAACAAGGUGUACGACACGGAGAAUGCAAAUCAGAAGGAGAAGUUUGAGGCCGAUUUAAAGAAGGAGAUCAAGAAGCUCCAGCGAUACCGAGAUCAGAUCAAGACAUGGAUACAGUCCAGUGAGAUAAAGGAUAAGAAGGUUAGUGCCUCUUAUGAGCAGGCUCUGAUGGAUGCUCGAAAACUUAUUGAGCGUGAAAUGGAAAGGUUUAAGGUCUGCGAGAAGGAAACCAAAACAAAAGCCUUCUCUAAGGAAGGCCUAGGUCAACAGCCAAAAACUGAUCCAAGAGAGAAGGCCAAAGCAGAAACAAGGGAUUGGCUAAACAAUGUGGUUGGGGAUUUGGAGAGUCAGAUUGAUAACUUUGAAGCUGAGAUCGAGGGACUAUCUGUUAAGAAGGGAAAGGCUAGGCCUCCUCGGCUGGCACAUUUGGAGACAUCCAUUGUGAGACAUAAGGCUCAUAUAAUGAAGUUGGAGUUAAUUUUAAGGUUGCUUGAUAAUGAUGAGCUGAGUCAUGAGCAAGUCAAUGAUGUCCGAGAUUUCUUAGAAGACUAUGUGGAGCGUAAUCAAGAGGAGCCUGACGAGUUUAAUGAUGUUGACGAACUUUAUAGCUCUCUACCAUUAGACAAGGUGGAAGCCCUUGAAGAACUUGUUUCACAUGGUCCGUCUAGUCUUGUAAAGGGCGUCGGUUCUGUUUCUACUAUUAAGAAUUCCAAUAAUGCUGCUCAAGACCAAAGUGAAGAAACAACUUCUCAGGAUAUUAAUACUGACAUUACUCCAAGAACCCCACCUUCAAAAACCACAGCAAUAGGGUCUCCUACAACAGCAGCUCCAUCUGCUGUAGCUUUGGGGCCAUCAGCUGGAUCCAAUUCUGCUGCCACUUCUAAUGCUUCUGUGCGUCCAUCUGUUGUUGGGCCAACUGCAACAUCAAUAUUUUCUGGUCCUGUUCGUGGUGCCUCCGAUGGUUUAUCUGCCACUGCUCCGCUUGUAAACUCUUCUGGGUUAGUUAAGGAAGAUGAUAUCAUCACCUUCCCUGGAAGGAGAUCUCCUGCGAUCCCUGAGAUAGGACUGGGAAGAGGUCCAAACAGAGUACCAUCGAAUCAAGCAUCUAUUAGUACUCCCAUAAGCUUAACCUCAGUUGGCAUUUCUAGCUCUGGGGCUCUUAGUUCUGUCCCUGCAGCUUCCGACUUGAGCAAGAGAACUGUUCUAACUGUUGAUGAGAGAAUUUCAAGCGCUGCUCUUGCUCAGCCAUUGGCUUCUGCUAUAAGUAAUCGAAUGCUACCAAUGCAGGUUUCACAAGCUAACGAGGGGACGACCUCAAUUGAUUCCAACAAUCUGGUAGAAAGUCCUAUUGUUGGUGGAAGAGUCUUUUCACCCUCUGCUGUCAGUGGAGUCCAAUGGAGGCCUCAAAGUGCAACUUCCUUUCAGAAUCAAAGUGAAACAGGACAGUUGCGUGGUAGACCGGAGAUUGCUCCAGACCAGAGGGAGAAGUAUCUGCAGCGUCUCCAACAAGUGCAGCAACAAGGCCAUAGUUCUCUUCUCAGCGUCCCUCAUUUAAGCGGGGCUAAUUCCAAACAAUUCCUUAUGCAACAACAGAGUGCUCUUUUACAGGCUGGAAUAGGGCUUAAUGUUCAGCCUCCUGGUUUAGCUGCUGCUACAUCUGUUCAACAGCAGUUGCAGUCUCCCAUGCAUAAACAAUCACAACAUCAUGUAUUGCCCGCAACUGGAACAAAAGAAACUGAUACGGGUAACUCUAAAGUAGAUGAGCUGCAACAGCAGACUCUGUUGGACGAUUUGAAUGUGGAACCUGCAAGUACUGCUCUUGACAAGGGUAUCAACGAUGAUGAUCCCAAGUCAGCAUUUUCGGUCUCAGGUUCUACAUCUAUAGUUGAUGCUACUCAAUUGCCCAGAGGUACGGAUCUUUCUCCAGGGCAACUAUUGCAAUCAAGCCAGUCUUCUGCUAAUCUCGGUGUCAUUGGUAGAAGAAGCGUUUCAGAACAUGGUGCCAUUGGUGACAACCUUAAUGGUUUGGCCGUGAAUUCUGGCGGGCUUCAUGAUCAGAACUAUAAUUUGCAGAUGCUUGAAGCAGCCUUUUUCAAGCUUCCUCAGCCCAAGGAUUCACAACGAGUCAAGAAUUAUAUGCCGAGACAUCCUGCUGUGACUCCUGCUAGCUAUCCUCAGACUCGAGCUGAAAUUCUUGAAAAUCCAGCUUUUUGGGAGAGGUUGGGUAUGGACCAAUUUGGUACUGAUACAUUAUUCUUUGCGUUUUACUACCAACAGAACUCUUACCAACAAUACUUAGCAGCAAGAGAACUGAAGCGGCUAUCCUGGAGGUACCAUAGGAAAUAUAACACAUGGUUUCAGCGACACGAAGAACCUAAAGUUACAACGGAUGAAUUUGAGAAAGGAACAUAUGUGUAUUUUGAUUUUCAUAUUGCAGAUGAUAAUCAACAGCAAGGAUGGUGCCAGCGGAUUAAAACAGACUUCACUUUCGAGUACAAUUACCUUGAAGAUGACCUUGUGUUAUAGACUUAACUGAAAGACCAGAUAUCGCCGAUCGAUGAGGAUUGUUGCAAACUGCCUGCCAAAACAUCUACUAGAAAUCCUUCUGCUACAUAUUUCCGACUGUAUCAUUCUUUUUUAUUUUGUUUUUCUUUCUUUGCAGAAAUGUGAUUUGUAAAUUUCGGUUUUAUUUUGCAAUAAUUUCUAUUGCGAUUAGUGAUUUUGGAGAGGAAAAAUGACGAAUAUUAUGUGCGAAUUUUAAUGCAGUGUUGUCAGUCCUUGCAACGUCUCAAUUUUGGCAUUCA